GUGGGCGCUAGGGAGAAGUUGGGGAAAGUUGAGUCAGAGUUGGCCUGGGCACUCCCGCCCCUGCCCAACAUACACAGUUGCAGGCUCCCGGCCUGAGAGGCAGGGGCAGGGCGCACAGUGAUGGAGCGGAGGUGGGAUCUUGGAAUUUUUAGGGAGGGGGAACCCAGUUCCUUCAGUCAGGGGAGGAUCCCAGAGCCUGUAAGGUUUGGGGGUGGAGGAGGUGGAGUUCUUAGAGCUGGGGUUUAGAAGUGGGAUGGAUCCUCCAGCCUCAGCUAGGCACCUUUCUGAGUGCCCUGAAUUUCUGGAAGAGUGGAGCUGGUGGUGCUAGGGGCCACCUGGCCCUGGUCCUAUCCCAGGCUGGCAGAGGAGCCAUCUCCCCGACUCCCCGCAUCCGAGUUGGCCAAAGACCGGCUCCCUCCCAUCUCCAACAGCUGGAGGCCGCCCCAUGGGUCACCCCGAAGCCUAACCAGCUGCUCCUGAAUAUUUUACACGGGCGGCGGUCGGGGACGCCGUUCCCAUGACACUUCCCGUCUCCUGUUACCUGUCCACUAGCCAAGCCUUGCUCCCUGUUACCCGUUUCCCUAUCCCCUAUCCUUUUCUCCCAAAGAGAUUCAGAACUUAGGCCCAGGUCCCUACCAAGUCUAAGGCCCCUUCCUUAACCUCCAAGAGGCUCAAUGAAUUAGGACCUCUGCUCUACAGUUGGCUUCUGAAAAGUUGCCCCUGACACUCCAAACAACCCCUCACCCCCCAUCGCAGAGCAGCAAAGUCUGAGAAUUACUACUAACUUCCCACUCCUAAGCUGGAUCAAGGUUCAGGGAUCUUUCUCCUUCUUUUAUUUAUAUUUGGACAAAAUAGAAGGGAGAAUAUGUGAAAGAGCUACUUGUGUGAUGACUUGGAUCUGUGCUCUUGUGUCCACAAACCUUCUUGUGUGAGGCACUCACAAGUUUUGGUUCUGGGUGUAUGAAAGUAAUUGUAAAUGUGUGUCUCUGUGUGUUCAGAAUCUUAUAUGUAUGUGUUCUUUCUGACUACAUGGGUGUAAGUUUGUAUAUCUGCCUGAAUGUAUGCUCUACUCUUUGUGUGAAUAAGUACAUUCUCUGCUUCUGGAUGCUGUUACUGUACAACUAAGAAAAGGCACUGAUGAAUGUAUGUUUUCUGGGCCUGUGGCUAGAAUAAAUUCCCUUAACUCAAUGCCAGGUGAAGAGACUUCUCACUCCCCUUCUAUUAGAACAAAAUGGACCACAAAGAAGGAGUGACCCCUUUGCCCAGUCUUUCAUUCACAGGAAACAUGUCGCCUGUUUUCUCCAAGAUGACGCUGAACACCCAGCAGGAUUCCCAGACCGUUCUGAGAAGGCGAGCCAGCACCCCACUAUCCCUAAGGCCAAAACCUAGCUCAGGUCUUUUGGCCCCAAAGCCCUCCAGGAAACCGAAUCAUCCCCAACUCUCUCAGUCAUCCUCUCUCAAUCCUCCUAUUCGACCCCCCUCGCCUGCCCUGGACAACUGGUCCUCUGACUCCAGCGACUCUGGUGAUUCCUUAUACCGGGUAGUCCUACUUGGAGACCCCAGGGUAGGAAAGACCAGCCUGGCAAACCUUUUUGCUGGUAUACAGGAACGAGAUCUACAGGAUCAUCAGGGAGAGGAUGUAUAUGAGAGGACCCUAUCUGUGGAUGGAGAGGAUAUGACACUACUGGUUAUGGACACCUGGGAGUCAGAGAAGCGGGAUGAGAAGAGCUGGCACCGUGAUUACUGCCUACAGGUGGGCAAUGCCUAUGCAAUCGUGUACUCCAUCACAGACCGAAACAGCUUUGAGAGUGCCUCUGAAUUACGCAUCGAGCUUCGAAGGACCCGCCAAGCAGACAAUAUUCCCAUCAUCCUGGUAGGGAAUAAGGCAGACCUGGUGCGCUGUCGGGAGGUGUCUAUGGAAGAGGGUCGGGAUUGUGCUAUGGUAUUCGACUGCAAGUUCAUUGAGACUUCAGCAGCCCUGCAACACAAUGUAGCUGAACUCUUCGAGGGCAUCGUGCGCCAGAUCCGCCUGCGUCAGCUGGGCCAGGAGGCAAAUGACUCCCGUCUCGCAGCCCCUCGCCCCAAGAGCCUCAGCCAGAGGGCCCGACGGUUCCUGGCCAGGCUGGCCACAAGAAACAACAAGAAGCUAGCAUUGAAGGCCCGAUCCAAAUCCUGCCAUGACUUGUCUGUGCUCUGACACUAGAUUGUACCUCAUUGGGCUCCAAGAACAGAAAAGGGAGAGAGGAGACACCAUCUAGCCUGGGACCAGUCCCAGAGAUUCCCCCAGCUGCCACCUCUCCCCUCCAUAUAGUCACUUCCCUGCUGCAGUGAACCAAAUGUCUUCUCCUCCAGCUAUUGUUGUGUUUAACCAUAAUGACUCCAAAUUGGGAGGAGGGGGAUUCCUAGGCCUGAAAAGCAAGAAGCAGGUGGAGGUCCAUCCAGGAUGGACCAGAAGUACUGUCUAAUCUCAUCAGGCACUUCCCUCUUCAUACCCACAAACAGGGAAGCCGGUGUAGUCUGAGUGGUCCCGAAGAACACAAUACUGGCACCCCUGCUGUGACUAUGAAUCAGGAUAGAGAGUGCAAUGGUGGACAAGAGAUCCAAGUGUCAGCCCUGAACCCCCAGGGACAGUGGGUUGGCAGAAAGCUAAGGGAGGAAGCUGCUGGAUGGACAGCCCAGGUAGUAAAAAACAGAACCAGCAAAGCCAUCCUUUGGGGGUAAGGUGGGAGAAACUCCCUUGCUAGAGAUAGGGUGGGCAGACUUGGAGGAAGAGAUAAUGCUGCCAUCUAUACCUUUUCAUGCUACCUGUCUCAUCACCAAGCUAUCCAGCCAACUAUGGUCCUAAAAGCUCCCACAAUAAACCAAAUCUAAGAGAUGCUCCAUCCAUCA